AUGGAUCCUGCCAUAACAUUAGAAACCAUUAAAAAAGACCUUGCUGAAGUGAAGGCUGCUUUGGAGAAAAAAACAUUUGAAGCUGUUUCAGCUGAAGCUCAACAGCAGUCAAAUUUAUUAAAUAACGUCACGUUGGAAAUUGCCAUCACAGGAAGAGCAUGUGCUGGGAAAUCAUCUUUUGUCAAUGCCCUGCGAGGAAUGAAAGAUGAUGAAAAGGGUGCAGCUCUGACUGGGGUGACAGUAACAACAAUGGUGCCACAAGAAUAUACACACCCCGCAUUCCCCAAAGUCAAAAUUUGGGAUCUACCAGGAAUUGGAACAACUAAAUUUAGUGCAAAGGAAUACCUAAAGAAGGUUAAUUUUAGCAAGUAUGAUUUUUUCAUCAUCGUCUCCUCGGGACGCUUCACUGAGGAUGACACCAAAUUGGCUCUUGAGAUCCAGAAAAAUAAGAAGAAAUUCUACUAUGUGCGCAGCAAAGUGGAUAUCAAUAUAGAUAAUGACAGGCGGUCAAAAGGCAUCGAUGUGGAGGACACCCAUGAGAUGAUGCAGUCUGAGAAGGAAACUCUUGACGCUGUACGGAAAGAUAGCUAUGAUAAAUUGAAGGCGUUAGGUGUGUCUUCUCCAAGGGUCUUUCUAAUAUCGAGGUGGGAUUUGAGCAAGUAUGAUUUCCCCCUCCUUCAAGAGACCAUUGAAAAGGAACAGGAUGAAAUCAAGAGAGAUGUUUUAAUUAUGUCUCUACCAAUUAUGUCUUUAACAAAAGAUAGCAUUAAAAAGAAAAAGGCUGCUAUGGAGAGCCUGAUAUGGAAAAAAGCCAUUGUGAGUUGUAGUGUUGGGUUGAUUCCUCUCUCAUUUCUCGGGCUUGGUUGUGACGUUGGCAUUGUGGUUUCGACAAUGAUACAUAUCUGCAAAGAUUUUGGCUUGGAUGAAAAUUCCCUCAAUAUACUAGCAAAUCGUGUGGGGAAACCUGUUGAGGAGUUGAAAUCUGUUAUUGAACAUACCCCAAGCGCCGGUAUGAUCACAACAGAAUUUGUCAUGGAUAUCUUGAAGAGGUCAGCAAUGUGGGGAGCAAUCACAGUGGUAGAGCAGGUUCUGGAUUUCAUACCUGUGUUGGGGUCUCUCUAUGGUGGGGGCAGUUCUUUUGCUACCACAUUCUACUUGCUGAAGAAUUUCCUGGAAAACGCUGUGAAAGAUGCAGAGAAAGUUCUGGCAAAGGCUGCUGAGCCCAAGAGACGCAAGUAAACAGCCAAUACAUCUACCUGGGAAGAGACAUCCAGGUACAACAUGCAUAAUCUCAUCUUUCUACCACAGCAUCAACCUAUUGCUUUCUUCACAAGUUCAACUUCUGGUCUUGCAAGAUGGCAUCCUAGCAUGCUCCCUUUAUUACUCUUCAGCUCAGCACUCGUAGGGUUGCCAUAUUUCAAAAAGUGAAAAUCUGGAGACAAAAGUUGUUGAGCUUUUCGCUUAUGGGGGGGGGGGGCAAAGUUAUAGAGAUGGGGAGGGCAAAGUUGAUGAGCUUUUUUUGCCAAAAUCUCCCAAAAACAAAAAGGGUUUUGAGCUAUUUGUAAGGAGAUUCACCCCCAAAAAUCAACACUUCUGACAUUUCACAGACAUUUUUACCAAUUUUCAAGAAUUCUGCCUGGACACUACUUCCAACGGACGAAUCCCAGACAUAAGGCAGCCCUAUUGUAACAACGCUUAAUCAGUAGCCUGCCUGGACAAUUUUUGUCCAGGUAAGAUGUUUCUUAUAUCCUACCUGUCAGUGUUAAAACGAUGGAUGUCUCCCCCUCCGACAUGCAGCAAAUUUGCAGCAGGAAAACAUAAAGAAUGGAGAAAAGAAGAGAAGAGAAAUGGCUUCAGAGAGUCCUGUUGCUGAUACGCUUAAGUAAAUUGUGAUGCAGAAUUAAUAUCUGAAGGAUAAAUUAUCAAAGUUGAAUCUUAAAAUUACAGCCCUGGAUCAAAGAGUUACUGAUCUUAAUGAAGAGAUAUCAAAAUCAGAAUCAGUUCAAAUUAAACAAGAUGUAACACAGAUGUCUUCUUGGGUGGGAUCCUGCGAGACAUGCUUAUCCAUGCAAAAAUAUACUAUAUAGUUUUGUAGCCUUUAGUAUAUUUUAUGGUUAUUUUGUUAUUUCUGCUUUUAAAAAUGUUUUAACGUAUUCCCUUCCUCCUUUGAUUGCUAUUCUUUCCUUUUCCCUUCUUGACUUUAAUAAUCUCAAUAAAAUUAUAAAUAUUAAAAUUUUAAGAAAUGGUUUUUUUUUCUGAAUCCUCCCUACUGCAAUUAUUUCCCCAACUGUUCUAAUUUUAGUUGUAAAAAAAUCAUUUAAUCCAGGCGUGGGAAAGCUAUAAGCAACAGUCCAGAUUUAAUUGUCCAAACCUGAACCACAAGCCUGUUUUCUCUCAGCCUCCUUGGUGUAAUGAUUAAUCUUUUCUUUACUUCACCAGCUGGGUGGGUGGGUAAGGGAAGCCUGAGCCUUUGGGUAGGGUUUUUUCUCUGGAAGUAAGCAUACACAUACCCACAAAUUUCCUUGUAUUUUAGGAUGCUAUGAAACUGAGAAAGACUGGUUCAUCUUCAACAAAGAGGGAGUAGAGUAGAGUAGAGUAGAGUAGAGUAGAGGGAGUUUUGGGUGUCCUCCUGCCACAAAUAACUCCAGAUCGGUGCUUCUUAUUCUUUCUUUGUUUUUGUUUUGUUUUGUUUUUGAGGGAUAUGUGCUUUUUAUUUAAUUUUUUUUGUUUCUUGGUUUUUGAGAAAAACCCCAAUUUUGUUUGUAUAAAUACUCUAAAGCAUUUAGAAAGUGGCAAUGAACUUGAAGAUGAGCCAGAAAUCAUUCUUCAUUUUGCCCCAACAUCAACUGAAGUCAUGUUCAGUUUACCCAGCAAUUAUGGGAACUACUUUCUCAUGUAGUUCAGAUGUUUUUCAAACUAAUUCAGUGCACAUUGAACUUGUUCAUUCCAAGCACUAGCCAAUUGUUUUUGAGAUUGUUAUAGUCCAUACGUGAUUUUACCAGCUGCUGAGAUAAAAAUCCAAGUUUUUCCAGCUGUUGGAGGUGGUUCCACUGACAGCUACUAGCAGCUACACUAAGAGAUGCCUAUGCAUUGGCUAUGCAUCAAGCUGGGAGUCAGCAACACCAGCUCUUAUUUGUGGAAUGAGUUUAGCCCUCCUCAGAAUGCAACUUUUCUGUAAAACCUUACAGCAACGUCCUUGGAGGUUGAAAUGUUCCCCCACUGGCUGCCAACACAAAGAAACAGACAAAGUAAUAUAAUUUUUAUUGACAAAUAGCAAAACACAUUCAAACUCACUAGGUGUGACCAAGUAUCUGUGCAUUAAUUACUCUGUACUCUCUCUGCUUAUAUCUGUGUUUUGGGUUCCAGACAACUCUAACCAAAUAAAGCUCUGUGUCCCCAUUCAUUAUAAUGAGGAAUCAAAUAAUCCCUUUUGGCCAAAGUGGGUGAAAUUUGCAGGCAUAGGAGACCCUACAAAUUGGAUUAAGCCUACCUAAAUCCAGGGGCUCUUUGUGGAGGAAGUUAAGUGGGUUUACUUUCCUCCAUACUUAUUUGAUAUUUUCAUGGGUGGGAGGUUAUUUCUGAUCUUAAAAUAAUUAAGAGGUAUCUGAGUUUUGUGAAUUUUUGCUUAUACAUUUUUUAAAAGAGCUUUGCAGCUUCACCCUGGCCUUUCUAGUGCUAAGCCUUACAGGCCACUGAUAAACCUAAAGUGAGAGGCAGUCUGGAGCACUGCCUGCAGAGUUCUUGGUUUUGUUGUUUGUUUCCUUGUUCGUUAAAGCAGGGCAACAUAGGAAUCUAAAAAAAGGAGGGAUACCCUAUCUGGAAUAAAGGUCUCUCUUAAAAAUAUAACCCUCCAUUGGUGUGUUUUAUCCUCAGCUCUUUAGUACUCUGUUGGCAAUGUUACGAAUGGUUGUCUUGCCAAAUGCAAGUUGGUUCUUUUAAACUGAGUUUCAGAGGCAAUACAGAACACAAGUGAGUGAGAAGAUUUAAGAUUUUAUUCUAAACAGUAAGCAAUAUAUACAUUACUAAACAAGCACUUCAGUCUGCCACUUGGAAGCCCUCAACAAGUGGCAAAGCGUCUCCCCAGGUAGCCUUAGGCUUGCAUGGCCCUGCGAUCAAUCAGUCUGAGCACAAGCUUCUCAGACUCUGCCGAACACCAUCUGAUUUACAACACUGCUUUGGCUUUCUGAACAGCUGAGACCGAACUGCAAGGGACUUAUGUUUCGUGUUGAAGCUUCUGUGGCGCUGAGAAUGGAACUUCAUGGGGAGAAUUACGGCAACUGAGAAAGAGACUUGGGACAAUAUGGCAGCAGGGGCUCUAGAGCUAAGUGUAGCUAGAAAAAUUUCAGUUUAUUUAAGAACACGUUUCACUUGGGCUGUGCAUCAGAUCCAGCCCAAUCCAAUUAAUGAACUGGACUGGGCCAAUUUGUAUCAACAUAGGAUUGGGUCAGAUUAUGUUGAGGCAAUCCCAGAUCACGCCAGAUCAGGCCAGCCAACCCAUCUCACUCACUAUUCCAUAUUUAAUAACAAUUUAUAUAUUUGUAAUCACAACAACAUAGGAACCUACCCAGACCAUGAGAUCAUCUUCUGAGACCCUCCUUCGUGUGCCCCCUCCUCAAGAGGUAUGGAAUGAGGCAACACAAGAACAGGCCUUCUCUGCAGUGGCUGCCCGUCUCUGGAAUGCUCUCCCCAGAGAAGUUCGCCUGGCGCCUUCAUUAUACACCUUUAGGCACCAGGCAAAAACGUUCCUUUUCAACCAGGUCUUUGGCUGGUCUGAUUUACAUCCUAUGCCCUUUUUAAAUGUGUUUUUUGGGGGGUGGGUAUUGUUCUGUUGUUUUAUUUUUAUUUGGUAUCUUGUGGUUUUCUAUCUUGAUUUUAUUUUGUGAAAUGCCCUGAGACCCCCGAGUAUAGGGCGGUACAGUCAUACCUCAUGUUACCUUUGCUUCAGGUUGCGCGUUUUCAGGUUGCGUCCCGUGGUGACCCAGAAGUAACAGAACGGGUUUCACCACUCGUGCAUGCGCAGACACGCAAAAUGACGUUAAGCACGUGUGCAGAAGUGGCGAAUCGCGACCCUCUCGUGCGCAGACACAGGUUCCAUUCUUUUCAGGUUGCGAACGGGCCUCGGGAACGGAUCCCAUUCGCAACCAGAGGUACCACUGUAUAUAAAUUCAAUUAACAACAAGAACAGUGCCAAACACCAUCCAAAAUGACUCAGAGCAACAACAACAAUGACAACAAUUUUAUUAUUUGUACCCUGCCCAUCUGACUGGGUUGCGCCAACCAGCCUGGGCACCUUCCAACAUAUAUGAAACAGCCCCUAGGAGUUGGCAGUCAUGCAAGGGAGUCUCUCAAACGUGAAUCUCCUGGAGCGGUGAAAGAAGGCAGCUCCAAUAUACAGCCGAACAAGAGGGAAGGAAACAUGGUGUCUACUACCGUAAUGAGCUCACGGAAACAAGCUCUGGAAAUUUGGGGUUGCCAUGUUGAGGGCAAAGUUUGAUGCUCAGUUACAUUCAUAAAAGCAAGCAAUGCAAAACACUGGGAGAGAGUGAAUGUCUCUGCAGUGGCCUCUUGCAGAAUAGGAGGAGCUGCUUGUAUCCCCCCUCCGCUAGGGAGAAAAUGCUGGGGGGGGGGCACACUGGGGGGUUUCAUGGGGUUUACACUUGCCCAGCAUGCUUCAGAGCAGGCCCCUCCCCCUGUGACAGCCUCUGAUAACCACUUUAACCACAGAGUUAGGAGUCUACAUGUGUUUCCCCUCCAAAUAUCAUAUUUGAGGGGCACCCGCUCCCGAAAAUGUUGAUGGGCAUUGCCCUUGCCCUUGUGAGAAAGUAGCAGGAACACGACUGCUGCUGGGCUUGGAGAGGGAGAGGGAGCCAAGCAGCAGAGGUAACAGGACUGUGUGCUGGGGUGCCGACUGAAACAAUGGGGGAGGCAGAUAAGCCCUGCCUCACCUCAUAGAUCACAAGAUGUGGCGCACACCCCAUUUGAAUGGCAAUGCCCAUCACCUUGUGGGGAGCAGCCCCCCUCCAGUACUUCAGUAUCUCGGCCCCUGGGAGCUGGCCCCUAUAACUGUGCGCAAGUCAUUCUCGUGCUCCCCAGCUCCUCGCCCUCUUUCACCCAUCGCGGCUCAGCUCUGCACGCCAAAAUGGUGCCCAGGCACUUCUGAUUAAAGAGGCUGCUAAAUCACUUUUGAGAAUUAUACUUCUGUGAAGGGAAUAGGGGCCUCCUAACAACUCUCAGCACCUUUAACUACCUACCUAGAAUUCUUUGGGGAAAGCCAUGACUGGGGUAUCCUAGGCAUAGGGCUCCUGCUUUUACCCCACACCACCCCAUAUGCUUCAGUUUUUCUGCCCUUUGGAGCCAGUCCUGUGGGGAUCACACUGCAUCAAAACUCAGGAGAAAUGGGAUGACAUGAUACAAAGACUCCAAACAAAUUCGUUCUUUUCACUGUUGGGGAAAACUUUGUUUGCAUUCUCCUCCUCUGCUUUCAGGCUGGAGAAAUUUCUGCUUCCUUUUGCUCUCUGUCAUAACCCAGCACAGUCCAAGAAAUAAUUUACAAGGGGGAGCAACUAGGGCAAACUCAUUUAGGUUUCCUUUUCUCAGAAAUCACCUGUUUGAGCAGAGCUGUGUACUGGUCAAGUGCGGGGGAGAGGAAAACUUGGAAACAGGAUGUAAUUUCUGAUCCAAGAUAACAAAAAGCCACAACUCCCUUCCCCUUUCUAAGAUUAAGCAGGAAAAUUAGCAACAGAGCUGAGCAGUACAUGCUUGCACUGGUUUAUUAUUUUUGGAUCAUAUCUCGGAGUCCGAAAGACCCAUAGUGAUAGGGGCAUUCUGCCAUAGGGAACUUUAUUAGCGCCAGCCAUUUCUGAACUCUGUCCGCAGUACAGUGUGUCAAAAGAUUUCAAAUUAAAAUUGCCACUGCUGGCACUGAGAGCGUGGGACAAGAAAUUCCUGAUGUAGACGCUUCUCAGUUGGCUUUGCAGCUGCAGCUGCUCCCUGCCUGUCUGGUCUGCACUGAGAGGGAGUCGGAGGGUGGGGGUGGCGAAGAGCUCCAGCUCCCAAGGCUGCAGGAAGCUGGAGGACAAGCUGGGGGAAGGGAAGGCGAGUCUCUCUGCAUGAGGCUGGAGAAACCCUUGAAGGGAGCAGUGCCCGGUGCCCCCCUGCAUGAUGUCCCCUAAGGCUGAGGGUGUCAGAUAAGACACAGGCUUUGCUGUCAGUCUAGGAUCACUCUGAGGAGAGUUUGGCCUUCUUCCUGCCUGCCUGGUUUGCAAAGCCAGCUUCUCAUGCGGGCUCUAUAGCUGUUCUGCACUCUACAGAAUGUUAGAACUUUUCCAAAAAAUAAACUAUUUCUUCCUCAUGUGCAAGUUUGUAAUUUGAAGCAAUUUGAGGCCCUACCCUGCGUAGCAGAAGAAAACAAACUUAUUCCCUCUUCUGUGUCAGAUAUUUGAAGAUGGCUAUCGUAUCUCCUCUCAAUCUCCUCUUUUCCAGGCUAAACAUACCCAGCUCCUUCAACUGUUCCUCAUAAGGCUUGGUUUCCAAAGCUUUGAUUGGUUGCCCUCCUCUGUACAAGUUCCAGCUUGUCAAUAUCCUUCUUCUGAAGGAUAUGAGGAGCUUCCAGCUUCAACAUCACUGUCUGCAUCAUGUUUUCUCCUCACCCAAGCAAAUGACUUGCACACCUUCCCAGCUGGGAGCAACUUUCCAGAGCAGAUUUUAGAGGAGAUGUGGGGGAGAUGAGAGGAAAAAGAGGACAGGGACUCCUGCCCCAUUAACAUUUGUGUAGAAGGGGGAAUGUCAGCAAGUAUUUCUUUCAGCGUAGGGGGAGAUCUGCGGGAAGUGGGCAAAUUUAUUAUUUUCAGUUUCUCUCAGUUUCUCAUUUUUCCAAUAUUUAAGUUCAGCUCUUCCCAUCUCCAUAUCAGCUGGCUAUUUCCUUUUUUAAAAAAGUUCUCUUGAAAAUUCAUCAGGACUUCUAUUUAUUAUGAUUAUAAUUAUUAUUAUUAUCUUCCCCAAAAGGCAGUGUACAAAAUGCAAUGAACACAGCUGAAAAGUAGUUAAAAACAACCCAGAAAAAAAAGUUCAUAUGUUUUCAAACAAUGCUAUAUAGACACUCAUGGCAGUCACACUCAAAGCCCUGCUCUGAAUUAAAGAAGAUAUACCCAAAUAUCAGGAGUGAGUGGCAGAUUUUAUCCUGCCUGCAUGAUUGUCCUCAUUUGCACUGCUUAAUAGGGGCCAGAGAGUACACAAAGCUUUGUUACCAUCGAUGUUAGAUACCACCUUUGUUGUAAUGGGUUUUUUAAGCAAUAAAUACAUCAUGGUACAAAUGUUGCCACUGUUACAUCAACGAGUUCAUGAGCUGCAAGCAUCCACGUUACGAAGAAAGCAUGAUGGAACAACACUGUUUAUUUUGCAGCAUUUAUGUCCUGCAUAAUUGCAAUAAACCUCAAGGCAGUUGAGACAGGCGAUAGGACCCGUCCUGCUUCUUUGCAGGUUCCAAAACAUUUCGCGCCGCUCCUGAAAUUUCUUCCGUCCUUCGCAAAGACUCCAAUCUACACGGCAGUAGUAGGAGAGCCGAGCUCUGGAAAGUCAUAGGAUCGUAGAAUUGCAGAUCUGGAAGGGAACCCAAGGGUCAUCUAGAUCAACCCUCUGAAAUCAGUGCCAUGUGGAGCUUAAGUGCAGAAAACGCGGGAGCUGCUGAGACUGGCACAGAGGCAACUACGGCAGAGGUAAAGGAUUAACCAUCUCGGAUGCUUCAAGUUUCACGAGGGAGCCUUUGGGACCUUCUCAGGAAAGGUAGCUGCACCGCUGUCAAUCAGGCUGCUUGGAGCUCCCUCUAGCGGGGAAUGUGGCUCUGGCUAUGCGUUGCGAUCUCGUCCUCGCUCGUACUUUCGCUUUCUUCUUUGCUUUUUUUAGUGCGACGUUCCGGCGGGAGAGGGAAUAAAAGCGAGAGAGAGAAAGAGAGUUGGACGGAGAAAAGCCUAAGAGACCAGCAAGCAAAGCCUCCGAAGAGAGGACUGAGCCUUACUGCAAAAAAUUCGGACUGGCAUCAGGUAAGGAGGUGAGCAUUUCUCCUGGGGCUCUGAUGAUUUCCGUGUUUUUUGUUUUUUUCUGAGCGUGUCUGCGUUAAAGGAGACUCUGAGCUCAUUGCUAGGCGGGGGGCGGCAGAAUCGUUUAUUUUUACUCUUAAUGAUGUUGGAGAAGGCUGCCCUUCUUCGCCGCUGCAAAGGGAAUAAAUAACAUGCCAUCACCAGGGAGCAAGCAGAGCUGGUGCUACUCUAAGAGUUGUAAGUAACUGCUCUGAAAUCAACGCGGGUCUCCCUUUCGAGCGGUGACGCGUGUUCAUUCGACAUCCCCCUCUGCAGCUGCUACGAGGCUGUCUUCCUACUCCUCUCGCCUCCUGCCUCUUUCCCUUUUGGGGGUUUGGCAGAGUGGAGGGGGGAGCUCUUUAGAAGCAGGCAGAGCCCUAGCUAGGUGAUCUGGCGCCCCUGGCAGAACCGUCCAGAUUGCGCCCCCUAGCCACGGACAAAUUUCCGUCUCUCCUCCACCCAUUCAAUUCCUCACGCACUUCCCUUUGUAAUGAAUUCUUUCACAGAAAAGCCAGUAUUUAAUUUAUUAUUUCUUAAUAAAAGGUUUCAGCAAAGAAAAUGGCAUUUUGAUGUGAGUUGACAGGUGUGUUUUUUAAUGUACUGUAAUUCAGUUGCAAAACAAUACACAGAUAGGCCUAAAUGGAACGUACAAACCAUAUCAUACGGAUUUGUUCCACAAUGAUAACUUUCUGGUCUCAGAGCCUGAGGUGUUGGAAAUCCCAGAUCUCUCCACUGGUGCACACAGCCCUCCCUUCCAGGCUGCUCUUCACCCGCAUACCCAACACACACCUCUCGAGAGAGAGACCUCAUUCAUUAGCUCCUCCCGCUUGUUUCCUGACUCUUCCCUCACCUUGGAUGCCAGGAUCAGAAGGAAAAGGGCUCCCAUCCCAUUCUUUCCCUUAUUCCCUCCCUGAAGGGAAGAUGGUGGGGAGGGGGGAAUAGAGAAAGGACCCAACUUAGGGCCAACUUUCCAAUCUGGACCCUGCUGUGCACUCCCCCCCACCCGGACUUGUUUAUUUCGAAGGUUUUUGACUCCGUUACUCCCCCCCCCCCGCCCUUUCCUCUCCCAGCAACACCAACAAGAAAUCUCAGCAGCCCCCCAGGUGAUUUCCAGACAUGAGCGUGAGGAAAAGUCUCUCACCCCUAAAAAACUUCGGAGGGGGGAGAGAGAAGGGGAAAGAAAAUAAAGGUUUGCUGAGGGGUCAGGAGGAGAGGAAUUUGUGUCUGGUCUUUCCACAGCUUGGGGAGAAGGAGCGGGGAGGCUGUCCCCAAUCUGAGAAGAGAAACCAUUUCGUUAGAAAGCUGAUACAGUGGUACCUUGGUUUGCAACCGCUUUGGAUUACAACCACGUCAAACCUAGAAAUGUGUGUCCUUUUUUUGAAUAACAACCAUGGGGGGGGGGGAGACCCCAUUGGCAAAAGUGUGCCUUGGGUUACAACCGGACCUCUGUAAUGGAUUAUGUUUGUAAACCAAGGUAUCAUUGUAAUGUGCAGCUUGGGGGAGGGGGGGAAGUUUGUGGGGAAUUUAGACACAUAAGGGGAAUCUGGUUAUGAAUUACUUAAAUCAGUGGUUUUCAACCAAUGUGCCGUGGCACCCUGGGGUGCCUUGAAUGAAGGUCAGGGGUGCCGUGGGCAACACUGGCCUCCAUCCCUCUUCCUUCCCUCCUUCCUCCAAAGGCUUGCACAGCUGUUUGUUGCUGCAUCCCUGGCUACAAGCUCCCCAAGUGAAAGGUGCCUCUGGGGCUGGCCAGGGGGUGCCAGUUUCCAGGAGCUGAAAGGGGCCUCAGAGUAAACAGGCAAGUGGGCGAGGGAGCCCAGCCAGCCAGACCACCAGCCCUUGCUGUUGGGAAUGGACAGACAAGUCCCAGGCCCCUGUGGGGCAGUGUGAGGAGGCACCUCUCUUGAAGGCAGGGGGGUGGCAGCUCAGAGAGGACAGGCAGCAGCAGUGGCUGCUAGAAGACUCCCAAGGAGAGGGGAGAGGAGGCUGAGGGAAGACUUCACAAGGGGGGGCCUGUUUGAAAAAGGGUGAGAGGCUGCCAACUCUGCAGGCAAGGGGUGACAUAACUGGGCUCCUGAGCCCCACAGGGGAGCUGCAGAAAGAAGGUACUUGGUCAAAGGAGCUGUGGACUCAAAAAGGUUGAAAAACUCUGACUUAAAUGACAAGCAGGGGCAGAAUUUACAUACAGUGUCUAAAGGUAGGAAGCGCUCUUAAAACAUACUUAAAUAAAACUGCCCCAACCCCUUCUUCUUUUUGACCAGACCCCCCUCUUCUGCACCUUCAGACUGAUAACUCUUCGUUGCAUCUUUCUAAAAACAUGUAAGGUUUAAUCACCAGUGUAAUGGGAACAGCCUCCCUCCCCAACCUAAAAAAAAUAUAUAAUUAAAAAUCAGGAAGUGCAGUUUCUUAAAAUGCUGAGAGUCCCCUUCCUCAUGUUCCUCUCUAUAUUCAGGACUCUUGGACUCUGCUCCUGUGUCCAGGGCUGGCUAAAUGCAGAGGAGUGGGGGGAGGCAGGAGUUGGGGAACCCCCAAGGGAUCCCCCAGGGGAAGAAGUCUCAGAACCAUGGGAUUGGAGUGGGAUGGAGAUGAGUGGUCAGAGGGAGAAGAGAGAGCAGACGGAGGAGGAGGAGAUGUCGGAAGCUGAAGAGGCAACAGGGUUUAGUGAGCAGGAAGAGUCUGUGGCAGAGAGCGGUCCAGAAUCAGAGGAAGAACUGGAGGGGGGUCAAGAGGCAUAGUAGAGACAGGGAAUCUCCCCCUUGUGGUGUAGCCAGCUUCCGUCCCCCCUGGUCUCCCAGAACAUGAAGAGGAAUGAAGAGGGCAGAGCAAUGAGAGACAAGAUGAAAGAACCUCAGGUUGCUGGGGAAGAAGGAGCCUCGGAGAACGGGGACGGUGGGGGCCUACACUCCUCACAACUGCGUCAUUAGGGCAAGAGAUUCUGGGAAGAGUUGCUUUGUUCACCCGGCCUGUGCUUUUUGGUUUCCUUCCGUAAAGAGUUAACUUCACUGACAAUGGGUGUUUUGUUGUUCGCCAACUCCAGCUCCUGACGUCCCAUGACCUUUGGGCACUUUAUCCUUGCGCUCACUUCUGAAUUAUGGAAUGUGAUGGGAUUCAUACCUUCUACCUGUAAAGCUUUGUUGCUUGGCAAAUGAUAAUAAUAUUGCAGACGCUGGAAAUUUUACGGAGGGCAUGCCACUAAUGAAUGCUUCUAGUUAGGCCGGUCGCUUAACAUUUUCCUGCUUCCUUUCUCUGCAGCGCACCGAGAUCCACAAUGGUGGAAGACUUUGAGCUAGCCAUUUCUCAGGGCCAAUUGGCAGACUCUAUGUCACACGUGCUGGCAAAACCACUGCACUUUUUCAACAGCAUUCCGCUCCACAUUGCCGUAGUAGGAGAGCCCGGCUCCGGGAAGUCCUCCUUCAUCAAUGCCAUGCUGGGUCUUCGUGCCGAUGACCCGCGAGCCGCUGCGACUGGCAUACAGAUGACGACUGUGCAAGUCAAGGAUUACACACACCCGACACUUCCGCAAGUGAUCCUUUGGGACCAUCCCGGAAGGGGAAUGGCAACUUUUGGAGAGGACAAAUUUGAGAAGAAGGUCGAUUUGAAUCACUUUGAUUUCUUCGUCAUCGUCGGCUCCCAGCGCUUCCGCUCCACCCAUUCUGACCUGGUCCGUGAAAUCCAAGAUAUGGGCAAGAGCUUCUACUUUGUGCGCACCAAAGCAGACCUGGAUCUGUUAGCCGCCAGGAGGAAACAGCCAUCUGACUACAAUGAGAAGAAGGUCCUCUUGCACAUCCAGGAGGACUGCAAAGAGUGCUUGUCAAGAGAAGGAGUGAGGGACCCACAAGUCUUCAUCGUCUCCAACUGGGAAGCCGACUGCUUUGACUUCCCCCUCCUGCAGGAAACGCUGAAGAACGAUCUCUUGCGGCUGAAGAGGCAAGCCUUUCUGCGCCGCUUCCCUAGCAUCUGCCUGCCUAUCUUAGAGAAAAAGAAAACCACUGUGAAGGAGAAGAUUUGGACCAAAAGGCUUUGUUUGCUGGUUGCUCUUGGAAGCCCAGUUCCCUUCCUUCUCUCCAUAUUUCUGUUUAGUAAGUUCCGCUCCUGGUGCUUCCUAGACUUUGGCCUGGAUGAUCAAUCCCUUGCAGCUCUGGCCCAGCGUGUUGGAAAGACAAGCACAGCCCUUAAAGCAGCAAUGCAGUCCCUGGGAAUGUUCUCUGCCAUUUUAUGGGUGCUGCCCGACUUGGUGGGACUCUCAGUGAUGGCUUAUGAAUAUCACCACUGGGAGCAUUUCCCCAUCUUUGGCUGCCUUCUGUCUGGAGGGAUUUCGCUUCUUCGCACCUACUUCAUGCUGCAGAAAUGCAUAUCGGGUGCUGCUGAUGACACCAAGAGGGUUUUGUCCAAAGCUCUUGAGGGAGAGGGGAAAAAGUCCAUUUAGCAGCAAACAGAUGGACUAUGAUGACUAACUGCCUGAUAUAUAGUGUCUGGCGAAUUAUACAUGUUUUCAUUUGUGUGUUCUAUAAAACAAGCUCCCAGAAGACAUGGCGAGCACAAAGUCUGGGAAAAUCAAAAGACUUGUGUGUGUCCCAAGCUUUAAUAUCGAACCCAGAUGAUUCAAAGUCUGCACUAAGAAAAGAUCAAUUCUCCCACCCGUAUCAUGAAUGAUAAUAGAGCAAAUUGGCAUGAGUUAUUCUGGAUUUGCUAAUCAUAAGGAGGCAGUGUGUUUUUUUAAAAAAGUCAACCACCACCACCAAAAGACAUUAAAAAAUAAUAAUCUGAUGAUCAGGUUGUUUAUUUUAAAAAUUCCAUAAACAUUAAGCUUCUCAUAAAAAACCCCUAAGUGAAAUAAUCUGAAUGCAAGCAUAAUAACCCUACCGUUACUUUCUUAAAUUAGUAUCUCUAUCCAAUGUAUGUGAUGGGACGCGGGUGGUGCUGUUGUCUAAACCACAGAGCCUAGGGCUUGACGAUCACAAGGUCGGCAGUUCGAAUCCCUGCAACAGGGUGAGCUCCCGUUGUUCGGUCCCUGCUCCUGCCAACCUAGCAGUUCGAAAGCAUGUCAAAGUGCAAGUAGAUAAAUAGGUACCGCUCCGGCAAGAAGGUAAACAGCGUUUCCGUGCGCUGCUCUGGGUCGCCAGAAGCGGCUUAGUCAUGCUGGCCGCAUGACCCUGAAAAACUGUCUGUGGACAAAUGUUGGCUCCCUCGGCCAGUAAUGCGAGAUGAGCAGCGCAACCCCAGAGUCGUCUGCGACUGGACUUAAUGCUCAGGGGUCCCUUAACUUUACCCAAUGUAUAAGAAUUAAGACCAAUACCAAAAGGAGACUUUGGGACAAAUGGACUUUUUACUAUAUUUCUAAUUCUUUCAGUCCCCAAAUGAUUUUUUCUGUAUCUGAUGGCAGACUAAAAAACAACAACCCACUAGUGUCCUAUGUGAAUCUGCUUGCAAGGAUGGUAUCAAGCUGUAAUUUAUGCAGGCUGCAGAAUUCACCUUUCUUCUCUCUCUCUCUCUCUCUCUCUAUAUAUAUAUGCUGCAUUUGCUUUUUACUUUAGGAACAAGAGUUAGCUCUAUAUCACAAGCCCCAUGCAACAUCUAUUUCACAAUGUUCUUUCCCUCAUACACACUCAAACUGAAGGAGGGCAUUCACCUAGACAGGAGCCUCCCCAAUGUAUUUGUUAAAUAGGAAGUUGAGGUAAUUUUAAUCUGUUUUAGUAUUUUAACUCUUGCAUAUCUUAAAGCACGGCUGUAAUUUCCCCCCUGAUUUUAUUGUUUUAUCUUUUUGCAAACCAUUCUGAGGUUUUAUUAGAAUCAAGCGGUGUAUAAGCUUUCAUGAAAUAAACUAAUUGGUUAAAAUAUUUUCCUUGCCGCUGCCAGGACGUUUGUGUUAUAAUCAAUGCUGCUUUCACAGGGUCAGCUUUGGGAGCUGGAGCUCUUUCCACACAUACACCCCGAUUCCCUCUCCUUGCAGACGGGCAGGCAGGUAGCAGCUGCAUCUGCAAAGCCAACUGAGAAGUGUCUGCAGGGGGGAUUUCUUGCCCCACACUCUGAGUGCCAGCAGUGGCUAUUUUAAUCUGAAAUCUUUUGGCACACUGUACUGCGUUAAGAGUUCAGACACCCAAUCAGGACCCAGCACAGUCCAAGAAAGGAUUUCCAAGAAGGAGGAGGACCUACAGCGACCCCAUUAACUUUCGUUUUCUCAGAAAUCACCUGUUUGAGCAGAGCUGUGUGCUGGGCAGGGGAGGGGGAGAGGGCAACUUGUAAACAGGAUCUAAUUUCUGCUCCAAUGUAAUAAAAAUCCAAAGCUACUUUCCCUUUCAAGGUUAUGCAGGGUAUACAGUUGCAAAUCAUCAACAGCAGAGCAUUUAGUUAGAAAUAUGUGCCUGUACCUGUUUAUUAGGCUUUUGUCGGAGAUAAGCUCAAAGUACCUUGGUGAUUUUAAACUGCAUAGGGGUUUUCAGUCUCUGUUCGGGGUCUCCCUUCAGAAGUAUGUACAGUGGUACCUUGGGUUAAGUACUUAAUUCGUUCCGAAGGUCCAUUCUUAACCUGAAGCUGUUCUUAACCUGAAGCACCAAUUAAGCUAAUGGGGCCUCCUGCAGCUGCCACGCGAUUUCUGUCCUCAUCCUGAAGCAAAGUUCUUAACCUGAAGCACUAUUUCUGGGUUAGCGGAGUCUGUAACCUGAAGGGUAUGUAACCUGAGGUACCACUGUAUGUCAUUCCAAGAUCAAUACCGGUGAUACACGGUCAUCACUGCUGAUCUUCAGUGCACAGCUACAACAAGGCACAGCCUAUCUGUGAGUUCAUGGACCUUGACAGUGAAAUCUGACUGGUCUGAGCAUGUGAACCAAUAUGACAUGCCUUAUGAUGCUUUUCCAUUCUCAGAAUUUUCUGCAAUGCAAAUGGGUCUCGUGAUCAGUGAUGUGCAGGAGGCCCUCAGUAGACAAGUUAGUGUUGAAAGGGUCCCCUAAGCAGAACAAAGUACCUCUGCACAUGCUAAUAAAAUCCUUUCACUGCCAACCCCCCCCCCCAUCUUUUUAAUGCAAAUAACAGGAGAGGUCUAUGCAGAGAGCGGGUUGGAAGAAAGAACUUGAUGCACUUCAGACAUGAGGCAGAACCUUGUUGUCAUUGCAUUCUUAUAUUAAUAAGUCUGUGCCCAGUGCGCAUCUGAUGUACGGCAGAUGCAUGUCUGGUUGUGCAACCAUGGACGUCACAUGCCCUGAUCAGCCGAAUUCUCCUCAUAGCGCUGCUCUGCUCCCCCAGCUUGCCAUUGACACCCCAGCCUAAGGAUUUUAUCCAAUAUACUCAUGCUCAGAGCACACCAGCUGAAAUGAAUGAACCUGAUUAAUUGGAAGGUUUUUUUAAAAAAGAGGAAAUUUCUACGGUACUUUGCAAAUAUUCUACACUGCAGUAGUAGGAAGGCUGGGCUCUGAGCCCUCUUUCAUCAAUGCCACGCUGCUUAAGUGCAGACAACUCAGGUGCUUCUGAGACUGGCACAGAGGCAACAACAGCAGAGGUGAAGUAUUACUUCCAUGGGAUGCUUCCACAGGUGAUCCUUUGGGACUUCCCAGAAAAGGCAGCAUCCCUGCUGUCAAACGGGCUGCUCGGCCAAGAAUGCGGCUUCGGCUAUUUGUUGCGAUCUUAUUUCAUCCUCGCUGGCUACCUUCGCUUUCUUUUUUGCUUUUAGUAGUGUGAGGGUCAGGAGGGAGAGAGGGUAUAAAAGGGAGACAGAGGGAGAGAACAGGACAGAGAAAAGCACGAGAAACCUCGAAGCAAAACCUCCGAGAAGAGGACUGAGCUUGGCUACAAAAAAUCGGUUCGGCAGCAGGAAAGGAGCUGAACUUUCCUUUUCUUUUGGAGCUUGUUUGCGUUAAAGGAGACUCUAAGCUCCUUGUUUGGUGGGUGACAGAUACAAUUGUUGUUGUCGUCAUCUACCUUUUACCUAUUUAUUGUUAUUUUUACAUUUUUAUUAUUAUAGUAACCAUUACAUUAUAGCUAUUGUGAUAUCAUAUAUCAUAUCAUAUUAUAAACAACAAUAAUAUUAUUAACAAUGAUGUUGGAGAAGGCUGCCCUUCUUCCCCGCAGCAAAGGGAAUAAAUAACAUGCCAUCACCAGGGAGCAAGUAGAGCUCGUGCUACUAGUCCCCUCCCCCCGACAAGUUUAAUAAAAGACGUCUAUUAGCAUUGCAAUGCAGUUCACCCUAUGGUCACCAGGUUUUUUCCCCAAUGAACCCCGGGACACUUGUUUUGUUUGCUUUUUUCUUUGAAGCUGAGUAGCAACAGGGAGUCAGUAGUGAGGAUGGUGAGGCAAAAGACCCUGGGCCCAACCACACAUGCAUAUUGUACUGGGAACAUCUGGCAACCCUACCCCACCCUCUUUGUCAGAACGGAGAACGGGGUGCAGAACAGAGGAAUACAGCAACUUCUAUUCUCCAUGCCCUGAGUGCUGAAGAGGCAGAGACCAUCUGGGCUGCCCCUUAGUGGAGAAGCAAAGCAUAAGAGUUUUAAGUAACUGCCCUGAAGCCAAUGCCACCCUUUCGCGUGUUAAUUCAAUAUAUCCCUCUGCAGACCCCCCACCCCAGUCCCUACAAGAAAGCAGCAGGAACAUGGCUGCGUUCCAGCACUUGCUGGUGUGUAAAAAUGCUAUCCGUGCACCACUUCUGAUUAGAAAAACUGCAUGGCAAGGGUUUGAGGCAGGGCAGGGCCCUUUAAGAAUAUUUCUGGGCUCUUUCUGCAUCACUUAUUUCUACCCUUUGACUCCUUUUUUUAUCUCCCCCUUGGUGAUAUUUCUAAAAAUGUUCUUCAUUUUAAGGUCACUUUUGUGAAAGUGGCAGGACAAGACUUGGCCAGAAUAUACUAGGGAUACGCACAGUGCAUUGGCUUAUUUUUUUUUAUUAAGCGUUUUAUCCAAAGUUUUAGCAAAAAAAAAAAAGAGGAAUCCUUAGUGUGUGUGUGUGUGUGUAAAUGCUUCCUUUAGUCAAAUCUCUAGAGCAGGCAUGGCCAAACUCGGCCCUCCAGCUGUUUUGGGUCUACAACUCCCAUCAUCCCAGGCUAACAGGACUAGUGGUCAGGGAUGAUGGGAGUUGUAGUCCCAAAACAGCUGGAGGCCAAGUUGUCCAUGCCUGCUCUAGAGGAAUGAACAAUUUGAGUUCAAAAAGAUCCACAUCUCACAUAAACAUGUUUUAAGGGUUAUGUGUGAAUGCAUGCACAUAUAGAUUUCUGAGAGAUUGACAAUAGGUACAAUUCUUCACUUCAUUGAGAUACUACCGACUGCUGCUCAAACAACCCACUGGUCUUAGAGAUAUGUCCUAUGUAAAUUGAUUUCCCCCAUAAAACAUAGGUUGUAAAUAUGUCCAUAAAAGUGUGUUGAAGGCUAUCAUUUAACUAUUAUAAUUUUCCUCUCUUUCUCAGAUAAACUGAGCCACAAGGAAUCACUGCCAUGGAUCCUGCUGUAACACAAAUAACAGAAAACACUGUUGUAACAACAGAAACCUAAAAUAGACCUUGAUCAAGUGAAGGCUGCUGUCGAGAAAAACCAUUUGAAGCUGUUUCAGCUGAAGCUCAACAGCAGUCAAAUUUAUUAAAUAACAUCACAUUGGCAAUUGCCAUCACAGGAAGAUCUGGUGCCGGGAAAUCAUCUUUUGUCAAUGCCCUGCGAGGAAUGAAAGAUCUUGGAGAGGGUGCAGCUAAGACGGGGGUGACAGAAACAACAAUGGUGCCACAAGAAUAUUCACACCCCACAUUCCCCAAAGUCAAAAUUUGGGAUCUACCAGGAAUUGGAACAAAUAAUUUUAGUGCAAAGGAAUACCUAACAAAGGUCAAUUUCACCGAUUAUGAUUUUUUCAUCAUUGUCUCCUCAGGACGCUUCACUGAGGAUGACACCAACUUGGCUCUUGAGAUCCAGUAAAAAUAAGAAGAAAUUCUACUAUGUGCGCAGCAAAGUGGAUAUCGAUAUAGAUAACUGACAGGCGGUCAAAAGGCAUCGAUGUGGAGGAUACCCAUGAGAUGAUGCAGUCUGAAAAGGAAGCUCUUGACGUUAUACGGAAAGAUAGCUAUGAGAAAUUGAAGGAGUUAGGUGAGUCUUCUCCAAGGGUCUUUCUAAUAUCGAGGUGGGAUUUGGCAGGUAUGAUUUCCCCCUGCUUCAAGAGACCUUUGAAAAGGAACAGGAUGAAAUCAAGAGAGAUGUUUUAAUUAUGUGUCUUCCGAUUUUAACAAAAGAUAGCAUUAGAAAGAAAAAGGCUGCUAUGGAGAGCCUGAUAUGCAAAAAUGCCAUGGUGAGUUGUACUGUUGGGUUGAUUCCUGUCCCAUUCCUCUCGCUUGGUUAUGACAUUGCCAUUGUGGCUGUGACAAUGAGGGAUAUCUGCAAAGUUUUUGGCUUGGAUGAAGAUUCCCUCAAUAUACUAGCAAAUCGUGUGGGGAAACCUGUUGAGGAGUUGAAAUCUGUUAUUGAACAUACCCCAAGCACCGGUAUGAUCACAACAGAAUUUGUCAUGGAUAUCUUGAAGAGGUCAGCAAUGUGGGGAGCAAUCACAGUGGUAGAGCUCUAGAUGAACAAAGGAGGAACACACAGGCUGAAAGGGACCUCAGGGCUGGCAAGGGGCCUGGGGUUCAUCCUGCAAAAUUCAAUGGGGACACAGAACGUUAUGCUGCCCUUAAACGGAGAUCCAAUUACAUUUUGGAUGUGAGAUCAGCCAAAUUUAGCUCGGACAAACAGCGGAUAUCUUAUCUGAUAAGCUGGCUGGAAGGACCAUCUAAGGACUGGGCCAUCACUUUAAUGGAGGGCCAGCACAGCACGCUGGGAAAGCUGUGGGAAUUCUGGGGACAGAUGGAUGCAAUGUUCAAGAGCCCCAUGGAGCAUGCAGCGGAUGAGCAAGAACUGUUGAAUCUGCGACUGGAGGGAGCGGGGAGCUCUGUGGCCUCUUACUGGACUGCUUUCAAUGCCUUAUUGCAAAGGGUUGGCUGGGGACAGAACACCGGACCGCUGGCAGCCAUGUAUGGAGCAGAAUUGAACCCAUCGAUCCUGGAUGAGAUGGCGAAGAUGCAACCCAUGCAGUUGCUGGACGAGUUAGUCAGAGCCUCCCUACAGCUGGGGUGACGUCAGGAGCAACGGACGUUAGAAAAGAGGGGGGCUGGGGGGCCUGCGCUAGUAAGGAGUCACACUCCAAGUCUUUCUGUGCCAGGGAUGGGCGACCCAUCCAGCCAGGGGCAAGCAGUUGAACCAAUGCAGAUUGGCUCGGUAGAAAGAGGGAAGACUAGGAUGGCAUGGAAAGAAGGGAGUCAAUGGCGUUGGGAAACACACAGUAGCUUAGCAGCACCACGGUCUAACCAACUGAGCUACCCAGGCUCAUCAGGCAGCACCAACCCAGAACCAAGAGAACCUCCAGCAUCUUCUGCCCUGCCUUGAACACUUGCCAUGCCAUUUUUCUAAUCAGAUAUGGCUCACAGAUACCAUUUGUACAUGCCAAAAAGUGUUCCUGCUGCUUUCUUGUAGUGGUAAUAUCCAUCAACUGGGGGGGGGGGGCUCUGCAGAGGGAAAUAUUGAAUGAACCCUCGACAGGGAGACCAGCCGCAUUGGCUUCAGGGCAGUUUCUUAAAACUCUUAAUGUAGCACCAGCUCUGCUCAAUGGUGAUGGCAUGUUAUUUAGUCCCUUUGCCACGGGGGAAAAUGGCAGUCUUCUAGAACAUCAUUGUUAAUAAUAAUAUUGUUUAUAAUAUGAUAUGAUCAGUGCUUUUUUCUGGGGGGGAUGCAGGGGUACGCAUACCCCUAAACAUUUUGUUGUUACCACCUUCGAUGGCAGCUUUAUUUCCUUUCCCAGAAGGGAAUCAGGAAGAUGUUAGUGCACACAACCUCAUGCCAAUGUGGAAGUUUCUGUGAGCUGUGUAAUAUGAGGUAAUGCAUGUUCUUUACACUGACCAUUUACUGUAUUUAUCUUCCCUGAUUUGAACUAUAAAAUGGUGGUUUUGAAUGGUCAAAUGAGAGUACCCUAAACAUUUUUAAGAAAAAAAGCACUGGAUGUAAUAUGAUAUGAAAGUAUAAUAUAAUAUCACGACAGCUAUAAUAUAAUUAAUAUAAUAACAAUAAAAGGUAAAAGGUAAACAACAACAACAAUCAUUCUGCCACCCCCACCAAGCCCGGACAUCAGAGUCUCCUUUAAUGCAAGAAGCUCAGAAAGAAGCGGAAAUCAUUCUAGACCCAGGAGAAAAGUUCAACUCCUUUCCUGCUGCUGGACCAAUAUUUUGCUGCCAAGCUCAGUCGUCUUCUCAGACGUUUUGCUUCGAGGUUUCUCGCACUUUUCUCCGUCCUGCUCUCUCUCUGUAUCUCCCUUUUACACCCUCUCUCCCUCCUGACCCUCACACUACUAAAAGCAAAAAAGAAAGUGAAGGUAACCAGCGAGGACGAGAUAAGAUCGCAACAAAUAGCCGAAGCCGCAUUCCUGGCCAGAGGGAGCUCCAAGCAGCCCGUUUGCCAGCGGGGAUGCUGCCUUUUCUGGGAAGUCCCAAAGGAUCACCUGUGGAAGCAUCCCAUGGAAGUAAUCCUUCACCUCUGCUGUUGUUGCCUCUGUGCUCUGUUGCCUCAGCACCUGAGUUGUCUGCACUUAAGCAGCGUGGCGUUGAUGAAAGAGGACUACGCAGAACCUGGCCUUCCUACUACUGCAGUGUAGAAUAUUUGCAAAGUAUCGUAGAAAUUUUCGUUUAUUUUUUUAACCUUCCAGUUAAUAAGGUGCAUUCAUUUCAACUGGUGUGCUCUGAGCAUGAGUAAUGUUGGAUAAAAUCCAUAGGCUGGGGUGUAAAUGGCAAGCUGGGGGUGCAGAAUAGUGCUAUGAGGAAAAUUUGACUGAUAAGGGCAUGUGAUGCCCAUGGUUGCAUAACCAGACCUGCAUCUGAGGUACAUCAGAUGUGGUAGCAGUAGUAGUAGUAAUGAUGAUGAUUUAUUAUUUAUACCCCGCCCAUCUGGGCAGCUUCCAAUAAAAUAUUUAAAAUACCAUAAAACAUCAAACAUUAAAAACUUCCCUAAACAGGGCUGCGUCCAGAUAUCUUCUAAAAGUCAGAUAGUUGUUUAUUUCCUUGACAUCUGACCACUACCAAGAAGGCUCUCUGCCUGGUUCCCUAUAACCCCCUUUCUCACAGGGAGGGAACCACCAGAAGGCCCUCGGAGCUGGACCUCAGUGUCUGGGCUGAACGAUGAGGGUGGAAACUCUCCUUCAGGUACUAGGCCAAGACCCUUUAGGGCUUUCAAGGUCAGCACCAAAACUUUGAAUUGUGCUCGAAAAUGUACCAGGAGCCAAUGUAGGUCUUUCAGGACUAGUGUUAUGUGGUCUCAGCAGCCACUCCCAGUCACCAGUCUAGCUGCCUCAUUUUGGAUUAGUUCUAGUUUCUGGGUCACCUUCAAAGGUAGCCCCAAUUAGAGCACAUUGCAGUAGUCCAAGUGGGAGAUAACUAGAGCAUGCACCACUCUGGCAAUACAGUCCACGGGCAGGCAGCCUGCGUACCAGGUGGAGCUGGGAGACAGUGUAAGAAUGCAAUGACAACAAGGUUCUGCCUCCUAUCUGAAGUGUGUCAGGUUCUUUCUUCCAACCCUGUCUCUGCAUAGACCUCACUUGUUAUUUGCAACAAAAUAGAUGGGGGGUUGUGACAGUGCAUUGCAUUAGCAUGUGCUUCUGUUCUGCUUAAAGGAGCCCUUUCACCACUAACAGGUCUGCUGAGGGCCUUCUGUACAUCCUUUGUCACAUGACCCAUUUGCCUUGCAGAAAAUUCUGAGAAUGGAAAAGCAUCAUAAGCAUGUUAUAUUGGUUCACAUGGAGUGCUGCUCAGACCUGUCAGGUUUCACUGUCAAGGUCCAUAGGCUGGGAAUGUGCAUAAACUCACAGAAAGACCGUGCUUGUUGUAGCUGUGCACUGAAGAUCAGCAGUGAUGACCGUGUAUCACCAGUUUUGAUCUAGGAAUUACAUAAAUACUUCUGAUGGGAGCAGGGGCAUAGGAAGGGGUGGGGCGGUGGGGGUGGUUCACCCCGGGUGCCCUCACUGAGGGGGGUGACAUUCGGCACGCUGUCCACCCGGAACUCCCAAGCCUCCCACGAGCCGUCGGAGUAAGAGGGGGAGCUGUGCUGCUUUGCUGACAGCAUUCCCCUCCCCUUUCAUUCUGACAGCUUGGGAGUUGGGGCAGGCGGCGUGCCAAAUGUCCGCCAUGGGCAGCUCACUCCACCUCCGGCUGCAGGGCGCGCAUGCCACUCUGGGCACCCAAGCAGCUAUCCCGUGCCUGGGAGGUGCCCCACGCCCAUGCCCCUUCAGGGUGCACCCACACUGGGCAGCGUGGAUAUAUGCUCCACUGCUGGAUGGGAGACCCCGAACAGAGACUGAAAACCCCUAUGCAGUUUUAAAUCACCAAGGACCAUUGAGCUUAUCUCCGACAAAAGCCUAAUUAACUGGUGCAGGCAUGUAUUUGUUACUAAAUGCUCUGCUGGUGACGAUUUGCAACUGUAUACCCUGCAUAACCUUGAAAGGGGAAAGUAGCUUUGGGUUUUUAAUAUCUUGGAGCAGAAAUUAGAUCCUGUUUACAAGUUGUCCUCUCCCCCUCCCCUGCCCAACACACAGCUCUGCUCAAACAGGUGAUUUCUGAGAAAACGAAAGUUAAUGGUGUUGCUGUAGGUCCUCCUCCUUCUUGUAAAUAAUUUCUUGGACUGUGCUGGGUCCUGAUUGGGUGUCUGAACUCUUAACGCAGUACAGUGUGCCAAAAGAUUUCAGAUCAUAAUUAGCCACUGCUGGCACUCAGAGCGUGGGGCAAGAAAUUCCCGCUGCAGACACUUCUCAGUUGGCUUUGCAGAUGCAGCUGCUACCUGCCUGCCCGGUCUGCAAGUAGACUGUGUCGGGAGAUGUGUGUGGAAAGAGCUCCAGCUCCCAAGGCUGCAGGAAGGUGGAGGACAAGCUGAGGGAAAGGAAGGCGAGUCUCUCUGCGUGAGGCUGUAGAAACCCUUGAAGGGAUAAUGCCGGGGGACCCUGCAUUAUGUCCCCCUAAGGCUGAGGGUGUCAGAUAAGACACAGGCUUUGCUGUCAGCCUAGGAUCACUCUGAGGAACGUUUGGUGUUCUUCCUGCCUGCCUGGUUUGCAAAGCCAGCUUGUCAUGCGGGCUCUAUAGCCGCUCUGCACCCUGCAGAAUGUUAGAACUUUUCCAAAAAAGUUGGCUAUUUCCUUUUUUAAAAAGUUCUCAGCAAAAUUCAUCAGGACUUCUAUUUAUUAUGAUUAUAAUUGUUAUUAUUAUCAUCCUCAAAAGGCAGUGUACAAAAUGCAAUGAACACAGCUGAAAAGCAUUUAAAACAACACAGGAAAAAAGUAAAUAUGUUUCCAAACAAUGCUAAAUAGACACUCAUGGCAGCAACCUAUUCAUCCACCUGGGAAAACUUGUCGGAAUGAAAACAUCUUCAGUUGUUUCCAGAAAUUGCCGGUAGCAGGUUCCUGUUGUAUCUCUGCAGGAAUGCUAUUCCACAGAACAGGGGAAGUCACACUCAAAGCCUUGCUCUGAAUUACAGAAGAUCUUCCCAAAUAUCAGGAGUGAGUGGCAGAUUUUAUCCUGCCUGCAUGAUUGUUCUCACUGGCCCUGGUUAAUAGGGGUUAGAAAGUAUGAUGGGCACUGACUCAUUCUAUACAUAAAGCUUUGUUGGAAGAGGUUUUUAAAGCAAUAAAUACAUCAUGGUACAAAUGUUGCUACUGUUGCAUCAACGAGAUCAUGAGCUGCAAGCAUCCACGCUAUGAAGGAAGGAUUGUGCAACAACACUGUUUAUUUCGCAGCAUUUAUGUCCUGCUUAAUUGCAAUAAAACCUCAAGGCAGUUGAGACAGGCGAUAGGACCCGUCCUGCUUCUUUGCAGGUUCCAAAACAUUUCGCGCCGCUCCUGAAAUUUCUACCGUCCUUUGCAAAGACUCCAAUCUACACGGCAGUAGUAGGAGAGCCGAGCUCUGGAAAGUCAUAGGAUCGUAGAAUUGCAGAUCUGAAAGGGAACCCAAGGGUCAUCUAGAUCAACCCCCUGAAAUCAGUGCAUGUGGGGCUUAAGUGCAGAAACCGCGGGAGCUGCUGAGACGGGCACAGAGGCAACUACGGCAGAGGUAAAGGAUUAACCAUCUCGGAUGCUUCAAGUUUCACGAGUGAGCCUUUGGGACCUUCCCUUUUAAAGGCAGCUGCACUGCUGUCAAUCAGGCUGCUUGGAGCUCCCUCUAGCGGGGAAUGCGGCUCUUGCUAUCCUCGUCCUCGCUCGUACUUUCGCUUUCUUCUUUGCUUUUUUUUAGCGCGACGACCGGGAGGGAGCAGGAAUAAAAGCGAGAGCGAGAGAAGAGAGUUGGACGGAGGAAAGGCUAAGAGAACAGCAAGCAAAGCCUCCGAAGAGGGAACUGAGCUUUACUGCAAAAAAUUCGGACUGGCAGCAGGUAAGGAGGUGAGCAGUUCUUCUGGGCUCUGAUGAUUCUCGUGUUUUGUGUUUUUUUCUGAGUGUGUCUGCGUUAAAGGAGACUCUGAGCUCAUUGCUAGGCGGGAGGGGCAGGCAGAAUCGUUUAAUUUUACUCUUGAUGAUGUUGGAGAAGGCUACCCUUCUUCCCCGCUGCAAAGGGAAUAAAUAACAUGUCAAAAUCCAGGAAGCAGCAAGCAGAGCUGGUGCUACUCUAAGAGUUGUAAGUAACUGCUCUCAAAUCAACGCGGGUCUCCCUUUCGAGCGGUGACGCGUGUUCAUUCGACAUCCCCUCUGCAGCUGCUACGAGGCUGCCCUCCUGCUCCUCUCGCCUCCUGCCUCUUUCCCUUUUUGGGGUUUGGCAGACUGGGCGGGGGGAGUUCUUUGGAAGCAGACAGAGCCUUAGCUAGGUGAUCUGGCGCCCCUGGCAGACCCGUCCAGAUUGCGCCCCCUAGCCACGGAAAAAGUAGCUCUUUUUUCCGUAUCUCCUCCAUCCCCCCUCCACCCAUUCAAUUCCUCACGCACAGAAAAUCCAAUAUUUUAUAUUUAAUUUAUUAUGUCUUAAUAAAAGGUUCCAGCAAAGAAAAUGACAUUUUGAUGUGAGUUGGCAGGUGUGUUUUUUAAUGUAAUUCAGUUGUAAAACAAUACACAGAUAGGCCUAAAUGGAACGUACAAACCAUAUCAUACUGAUUUUUCCCACAAUGAUAACUUUCUGGUCUCAGAGCCGGAGGUGUUGGAGAUCCUAUACACUCUCUCUCUCUCUCUCUCUCUCUCUCUCUCUCACACACACACACACACACACACACGCACACAAAGCCCACAGCCCACCUCCCGCCCCCACCAGCGAUCUCAGAUCUCUCCACUGGCGCACACAGCCCUCCCUUCCAGGCUGCUCUUCGCCCGCAUACCCAACACACACCUGGAGCAGGGAGGGAGGGAGGGGGAGAGAGAGAGACCUCAUUCAUUAACCCCUCCCCUCGUGUCCGGGCUCUUCCCUCACCUUGGAUGCCAGGAUCAGAAGGAAAAGAGCUCCCAUCCCAUUCUCUCCCUCGCUCCCUCCCUGAAGGGAAGAUGGUGGGGUGGGGGGAAAGAGAGAAAGGACCCAACUUCCGGUCAACUUUCCAGUCUGGACCCUGAUCUGCACCCCCCCCCCCGCCCUUUCCUCUCCCAGCAACACCAACAAGAAAUCUCAGCAGCCGCCCAGGUAAUUUCCAGUCAGGAGCGUGAGGAAAAGUCUCUCACUCAUAAAAAACUUCGGAGGAGGGGAGAGAGAAGGGGAAAGAAAAUAAAGGUUUGCUGAGGGAUCAAGAGGCGAGGAAUUUGUGUCUGGUCCUUCCACAGGUUGGGGAGAAGGAGGGGGGAGGCUGUCCCCAAUCUGAGAAGAGAAACCAUUUCGCUGGAAAGCUGAUACAGUGGUACCUUGGUUUGCAACCGCUUUGGAUUACAACCAUUUUGGGUUACAACCAUGUCAAACCCGGAAGUGCCUGUCCCUUUUUUUGGAUCAAAACCAAUUUUUGGGGGGGGGGAGGCCCCAUUGGCAAAAGCGCGCCAUGGGUUAAAACCUGUUUUGGUUUACAACCGGACCUCCGGAACGGAUUAUGUUUUUAAACCAAGGUACCACUGUAAUGUGCAGCUUGGGGGAGGGGGGAAGUGGGUGGAGAAUUUAGACACAUAAGGUGUAUCUGAUUAUUAAUUACUUAAAUCAGUGGUUUUCAACCAGGGUGGUGUGGCACCCUGGGGUGCCUUGAAUGGUGGUCAGGGGUGCCGUAGGCAACACUGGCCUCUGUUCCUCUUUCAUUCCCUCCCUCCUCUGAUGCCCUCUGGUGUCUCUGCCUCCCAAAGGCUUGAAGAGCUGUUUGUUGCUGCAUCCCUGGCUACAAGCUCCCCAGGCGAAUGGUGCCUCUGGGGCUGGCCAGGGGGUGCUGGUUUCCAGGAGCUGAAGCGGGGCCUCAGGGUAAGCAAGCAAGUGGGCGAGGGAGCCCAGCCAGCCAGACCACCAGCCCUUGCUGUUGGGAAUGGACAGACAAGUCCCAGGCCCCCAUGGGGCAGUGUGGGGAGGCACCUCUAUUGAGGGCAGGAAGCGCAACUCAGAGAGCAGGGGCUGCAUCAGCAGCUGCCCAGAGGACUCCCAAGGAGAGGGGAGAGGAGGCUGAGGGAAGACUUAACAAGGAGGGGGUUGUUUGAAAAAAGAUGAGAGGCUGCAAGCUCUGCAGGCAAGGGGUGACAUAACUGGGCUUCUGAGCCCCACAGGGGAGCGGCAGAAAGAAGGUACUUGGUCAAAGGAGCUGGGGACCCAAAAAGGUUGAAAACACCUGACUUAAAUGACAAGCAGGGGCAGAAUUUACAUGCAGUGUGUAAAGGUAGGAUGCGCUCUUAAAACAUUCUUAAAUAAAACUGCCCCAACCCCUUCUUCUUUUUGACCAGAUCUUCUUCUUCUGCACCUUCAGACCGAUAACUCUUUGUUGCAUCUUUCUAAAAAACAUGUAAGGUUUAAUCAUCAAUGUAAUGGGCACAGCAUCCCUCCCCAACCUAAAAAAAAAUCAAAAAUUAGGAAGUGCAGUUUCUUAAAAUGCUGAGAGUCCCCUUCCUCAUGUCCCUCUCUGUAUUCAGGGCUCUUGGGCUCUGCUCCUGUGUCAUGGAAGCAGAGGAGUGGUGGGAGGCACCAGUUGGGGAACCCCCAGGGGAAGAAUCUCAGAGCCAAGGGAUUGGGGGUGGGAUGGAGAUGGAGAUGAGUGGUCAGAGGGAGAAGAGAGAGCAGACUGGGAGGAGGAGAAGAUGUCAGAAGCUGAAGAGGCAACAGGGUUUAGUGAGCAGGAAGAGUCUGUGGCAGAAAGUGGUCCAAAAUCAGAGGCAGAACUGGAGGGGGGUCAAGAGGCAGAGUAGAGACAGAGAAUCUCCCCCUUGUGGUGUAACCAGUUUCCCUCCCCCCCCCCCCCCGGUCUCCCAGAACAUGAAGAGGAAUGAAGAGGGCAGAGCAAUGAGAGACAAGAUGAAAGAAAUUCAGGUUGCUGGGGAAGAAGGAGCCUUAGAGAGCGGGGAUGUGGGGACCUACAGUCCUCGCAACAGCUUCAUUGGGGCAAGAGAUACUGGGAAGAGUUGCUGUGUUCAUUUGGCCUGCGCUGUUUGGUUUUCUUUGAGUAAAGAGUUAACUUCACAGACAACGGGUGUUUUAUUGCUCACCAACUCCAGCUCCUGACGUCCCAUGACCUUUGGGCACUUUAUCCUUGCACUCACUUCUGAAUUAUGGGAUGUGAUGGGAUUCAUACCAUCUACCUGUAAAGCUUUGUUGCUUGGCAAAUGACAAUAAUAUUGGCGACGCUGGAAAUUUUACGGAGGGCAUGCCACUCUUGUUAAAUGAAUGAAUGCUUCUAGUUAGGCCAGUCGCUUAACAUUUUCCUGCUUCCUUUCUCUGCAGCGCACCGAGAUCCACAAUGGUGGAAGACUUUGA